GGGUAAUAUUGUAAAAGCACUAUUUUCUGUGUUCACACUGUUCCACAAUUCAUUAUAAAUAUAGCAAAAACAAUGCAUUUUUUUUAAAACACCCAAUUCCACUCCCACCAGUCUUCUUCUUCAAAAGAACAGAAAAAAGUUUGAAUCUUUGUGAAAAACUUGAAACACCCAAUUGACCCAAUUGGCCAAAAUCAUCAAAUCUUCAAUCAAGUUCUUCAAAUUUUGCCGAUUUUCCACAAUGAAGUUAGUGAUUUCAGCUUCUGUGCUCUCUGCAAUGGUGUUUUACUCAUCUCUCCUCCCUUUCCUCCACUCUUUGAACCUUUAUAUCUCUGCAACAAUCCAUAAAAACUACAUGUUCUUGCUCUGCAAUGGCCUCCUUGUCUUCAUCGUUCGAAACUCCGGUCUUAUCAGUAGCUCUGGCCGCGAACAGUGCGGCGGACAUGGCAGCAGAGAAGCUGAAGCUCUAGGGGCUGCAAUGGAGGAUUCCACCACAAUAAUUGAGAGAAAAGUUGAAGAUGGAGAAGAAAGGGAAAAUGGGUUUAUUGCAGAAGAAGAACAAGAAAGUGAAAGAUUGGUUACAGAAGAAGAACAACAACAAGAACACGAAGAAGAACAAGAAGAAGAAAAAGCAGAAGCAGAAGAAGUUGGGGCUUUGAGCAAUGAAGAAUUGGACAAGAAAUUUGAAGAAUUUAUCAGAAAAAUGAAGGCAGGAAUCAAACUGGAAUCACAACAAGUGCUUAUUUUGUAACUAAGAAUCUAAAUAAAAAAAAUAAAAAAAUAAAAAAAAUCUGACUCUGUAAUUUUUACUCUGUUCUUCACUUCUCUUCUGUUAUUGGAUAUAGAAAGAAUUUUACCUUUCAAAUUAUUGUGAAAAUAGUGGUUUUUUUA